UGCACAUAAACAAAAGAACGAGAAUUUUCUUGAGAAACAGAUACACAAGAUGGUGCUAUGGGAGAUCACAUUGGGAACUGCGUAUUUUUUGGGUUUGAAACGGGCUUACAAAUUGGUUUCAAGGAUUCAACUCACGGUUAUCAGCCCCAAGUACCCUAGGACUCGUCAGUUUGUUCAGAGACGAACACGUGCUAUUUUUGAUGUUGCUCUGAAGGUUCACCUGAAUGUACAGCAAAGAGACAUAGAGGUUGGUCGAAAUCUUGGUAACAGGAUUAUGAGGUGGCUGCACCAAAUGAAACCUUCCGCUCAGAUUCAUGGUCCCUCAACUGAGAAACCCACAAAUGGUGCUAGCUCAAAUAUGAAUGUUACAAACCAGGUAACCAACACUUCCCACCUGAAAGCUUCGGGCAUUGGCCAGACAUCUAGAUGCCAAGAAUCUUAUAGGCACCUUUUCACCUCAGCAAGGAGUACGUGGUCAAAACCAUUUCCUUCCAUUGCAAUGAUGAUGCGACCAUCAAGACCUGCUGGAAUUUUUACACAGUACAGGCACUUGAGCAUCCAGGGCCCUGAAAUGUCUAGGCCAAACUACAAUAUUGGUGGUGGAUGUGGGUUUCAGGGGGUUUUCCGGAAAGACACGAUGCAGUAUAUACUGCAAAACUAAACGUGGUAGGUAUUUUUUAUCUUGUGUUCCUUGUGGAGUCUGGCUUGAUUCUGAGAUGGAACUGUGCUGGAAGUUGGCUGAAGUGUAAUUUGAGGGGACACAACGUGGUCAUGCUGAAACUGAUAGCCGAAACCAUUUUUCCUAUAAUUCUUUUCCCCUUUUGGGUAAUAAAUUUCCGCUUUUAUUU